AUGACAAUUAUCAUCGUAGAUGACCCAACUUCACCGAAUAUUGGUGAACUCAUGGAUAGGUAUGCACAUCGUCCCGACGUCCGCAUUCGAGUAAACCCAGUCAAUUCUGGAGCAUCGGCAUCGCGCAAUAGAGGAUUGCAGGAAUCCUCAGCAGAAUGGGCUUUAUUUUUAGACGACGACGUGACGCCGGAGCAGAAUAUUCUCGUUGAAGCCGAAAAAGCUAUACGCUCAAACCCUGCGGCUGCAGGAUUCGUUGGAAAUGCACAGUUCCCUGUUGCCGACACGAUCGCGACAGCCGCUAUCCACCUCGCAGGAGUCACGUACUUUUGGGACAUCGCCAAGAAGAGGGCCGACGACCCUGAUUUGCCUUGGGGUGUCACUGCCAAUUUGAUCGCGCGGAGGAAUGUACGAGACGACGUGACAUUCGAUCUAGGAUUUCCAAAGACGGGAGGGGGAGAAGAUAUCGAUUUUUGCCGCAGGAAAAGGAACUAUUCGAUAGCGCAUGGAGGGGGAGGGUUCUAUGCAGCCCCCAAUGUUGUCGUCACACAUCCGUGGUGGAACAAGGGCCAGAGAUACUAUUGGCGGUUCUAUAUGUGGAGCAAAGGGGAUGGCGCUCUCGUUGCAAAAUAUCCGGAAUACUCCUACAGGCAAGCCGCUCCUACUAGCGCCGAAACCUUGGUGCUCUGCGUCAUUUUCACCACCGCUAGAUGCGUUUUUUCUCUGCUCCAAGGCAAUACCAAAUCCGUGGUUCUGACGUUGUCUAUCGGAACACUCGUAUUUGCGUCGGGAUUAGCUGCGAACGUUGUACAUGACCUGUACCGACACCUUUGGAGGAACGUGGACAGAUUGAACGAAAUGAAGAUCGCCCUCGACAGCCCAUCUCUCGUCAUGGCUACUAUCGAAAGUACCAUCAUCCGGAUCAUCAGCGAGUACGGUCGGUUGGUGGGGAUGGUGGAAAGGCGGGAAUUCAAGUACAUUGGGAGGAGCUUCGAUUGGUUCACGGAUCGAGCGGGAGACGGUCCCAAGACGGAAGAGAACAGAAAUCGAGUAGAAAGGCUGACCGUGUGGUUGGUCCUCAGUGCAAUCGUGGUCCUUCUCGUCUCUUAA